GCACAAAACACAAUUCCUGUUUCUUCCGUUUCAGAGAGCUACAGUUCUCCAGCUUCUCGGCAAGAGAUUUUCGCCGGAUCAAAGUUUUAGGCAGGGGGAGUUAUGGCAAGGUAAUUAAUUCAGUCUCUAAUUAGAACUUAGCAUUUUAUACAGUGGAAUAUUCAAUGUCACUAAACCCACUCUCUAAUUCCAGGUUCUACUUGUUGAGUACCUUCCGGCUAAUAUAUACUGUGCCCUGAAGGUACUCAAGAAGGACGAAAUAUACUCCUUGGAGGAAAUACAACGGUGAGCUCAUGGGGAAUGAUUCCAUAAUCUCUCGAUUAGGUUUUUAUUUAGAAGUCACUUUCUGUCUCGCAGUCUUCUCCUUUUUAUAAACUUUUCAUUUGCCUUCCUUUCACCCAGUUGCUCUUGUUACAUUAUAUUUAACUCUAUGCUGGACUUAUUUCCUCUUUUAUCUUUCAGCAUUUUAGCCGAAAAGGAAAUCGGGCAGACGGUGAACCCAGACAACUUCAUAGUGGAUUUAUACGCCACAUUUACCACCAAAUACCAUCUUUUUUUUGUCUUGGAGUUUGUUGCAGGAGGAAGUCUGAGAACCCAUCUGAAGAUCUGUGGGCACUUCGACCUAGAGAGAGCUAAGUAAGUAUAAAUUAGGUGACUAUUUGGGAUUUUGUACAUACAGCCGAUGAGUUACAGGAGACUGAAGAGCAGGGGAGGAUGAGAGAACUGGCAGUUAUGCUACACUAAAUAUUAACAUUCCUUUAUGAAGGCACCAUAUAGUGAUCAAGAAGUAUUUUCCUUAUCCUUGCAGGUUCUACGCUGCCUGUAUACUCCUAGGCCUGGAGGCGAUCCACAUGAAGGAUGUUGUUCACAGGUAAGAGUAUAUAAGGGGCUAGGUACCUUUAGUGGUGAGUACAACCUGGAGUUUAAUACCGGCUGCAAGUUAGCAGCAGUGCAGCUACAGGUUCAAAGUUACUUCUUGGAAGUCUAAGGGAAGGAAAUAGGAGGCAGCAUUUUUAAGCUUGGCUUAUGACUCCAAUGCUAUGUCACAGCAGUUUUAAUGUGUCAUUAUAAUAGUUCCCUUUUGUUUCAAUGCAGAGAUUUAAAGCCAGGAAAUCUCCUUAUGGAUAAGGACGGCUAUUUAAAGAUCGCCGAUUUUGGCCUGGGCAAGACCGGAAUUGGAUAUGGAGACCGAACAAACAGCAUGGUUGGGUCUCCAGCUUAUAUGGCACCAGAGGUUGUGGGGAAAAAGGAGUACACAAGAGCCGUCGACUGGUGGGCUCUCGGAGUCAUCACGUACGAAAUGCUCCUCGGGAAGAGACCCUUCGAUGGACAUAACAACAGCUGCUUAUGUGAAUAUAUCGAGGAGGCGGAACCGCACUUCCCAGAGUCGCUGGAACCAGUAGCAGUGAGCUUCAUAUCAGAGCUCUUGAACAAGAAUCCCGAGGAGCGACUGGGUUCUACCGAAGGAGAUGCAGCUGAUGUAGCCGAACAUCCCUUCUUUAACAACAUAGUCUGGGAUGACAUACUGGAAAGGAAGGCGACGGCUCCGUUCAUACCCAGCCUCGACGGACCGGAGGAUGUCACCUAUUUUGAAGAGGAGUUUACUAAGCUGUCAGCCAAUCUGACGCUGCCGAAAGGACCUUCUGCCGAAAUGGAAAUUCCGAUCGAAGAAGCCUUUCAGGACUUCACCUAUUCGGCAUUUUAAGUCCUAAUACAAUCAUAGACGGGUCUCGGAAGCGUUCAGAAAAGGCAACUCAAACAACACCAGCAGCAGUUUCCUAAAAUUCCAAACACUGCUGUACCGCCAGUUAGGUAACUCCUCUUCAAAAUCACAAUUCCACCAGUGAUGACCCUUCCAUGCGCUACCGCCGUUCCACCAGUAGCAUUUUCAGGUAAAGACCAGCAAUGCAUCUCCUUCUCUCCACCAGCCGCAUCUUCUCUUUCACACACCUCAGUUGUGCCUUAAUUCCAUCUGCCAUAACUUAACCAGCAGUGUAUGCCCUUACUUCCACAGCAAUUCCACCAGCAGCUUAUGCCCAUCCUUCCAUUUUAAUUCCACCAGCGAUGCCUCCCUUGCCAAAUACUGCCCUUCCACCAGUGGUGCCUCCCAUGCCACAAUUCACCAACAGUGCCUCCCCUGCCGCCCACCACACUUCCGCCAGCAGUGCCUCACCUGCCACCCACCGCAGUUUCACCAAUGGUAACUUCUUCAACAAGAUAUGGCAUCAUAAACAUGAGCUACUCAGUAGGCUCUGCAUUCCUUUUCACUCCAUCCCUCAGACUGCAGAAGCCGGGGUCUGUAGGCUGCAUGGGGUCCAAUGGAAUGGAAGGGAAUGCAGCUUUCACUUGUAGCUUCAUGGCACCCAUGUGUAUGCUGUCAUAUCUCUGUUUGCCUCACCAGCAGUGCCUCCCAUUGCAUUCCACCUUUUCUUUCGCUUAAGCUCCACCAGCAGUGCCAUCCCUUACACUCACCCCAGUUCCACCAGUGCCUCUUGUUUCAAUCAGAUAUGGCACCAUAAAAAAGAGCGCAGGUAAGUACUGCAAAAUCAUUCACUCCACACAAACAGACAUUCAGUCCACACAAACACGCAUUCACUCCACACAAACACACUAUAAUCACUACAGAAACUUGCACUUUUAAUGCCCGUCUCCUCUAUUCAGGAGGCUCCUCCAGUCAGAAGUCUCCCUCCAUAGGCUGUGUGAGGGUAUAUAUACAAUACCACAGUCCUCAGCGCUCUAAAAUUGGUGUAAUCUCCAAUCCUGUGUGAAUCAUAAGUCCAAUCAAGUGUAUGUGUCGAAAACUUCCUGCAGCUCCGCUUCAGAUCAACCCCUUUGACUGGGUCCCAAAGACGAAUUCAGCAAUACAUACAGACGGAGCGCAUGUGUAAAGAAAAAAUAUACAAUAGUGCAACAGAGUACAUAUAGAGGAGAUCCUUCUCCAAAACGUAACUAAACAGUGUAACAGUUUAAAAGAGAAAGUUUGUGCUCAUUUAAUUUACACUAACACCCAAGUGCGGUACUGCAAACUGCUUACCAGAUGGCAGUAUA